AAAAGAAAAAGAAAAAGAAAAAGAAGAAAAGAAAAGAGGAGAGAAAAGGAAAGAGAGAGAGGAGUCAGAGAGCUGCAUUCACAUGGGAUGCUGUUUGGUUUGUGGGACCCAGCCACCCCACCACCACCACCGCCAUCUCCUCUAACCACGCCUCUCUCCUCUUUUCUUCCUCUCUCUCUCUCUCUAUCUCUAAUUCGCUUCUUCUUCUUUUCCUUUUCUCUGCCGACAAUCAUCACCUCUCAAUCAUCGACGCCAAAAUGUUGCGCAGAUCGCAGACUUGAAAGUCUCCUUUUACGCUCACCUUUUUUUUGAGGCUUUCGCUUUUGAUUUGCUUGCGCGAAUUCUACCGUUAUGGCCGACGAUAAUGAGAUGUCUGCUCCUGUGAUGGAUGGGAAUGGUACAGUCACUGGUCACAUAAUUUCGACCACCAUUGGGGGAAAGAAUGGGGAACCUAAGCAGACAGUUAGUUACAUGGCAGAGCGAGUUGUAGGGACUGGUUCAUUUGGAACUGUAUUUCAGGCAAAAUGCAUUGAAACUGGAGAGACUGUGGCUAUAAAAAAAGUAUUGCAAGACAGAAGAUAUAAAAAUCGUGAACUGCAGCUAAUGCGAACUAUGGAUCACCCGAACGUUGUUUCCUUGAAGCAUUGUUUCUUCUCAACUACAAGCCAAAAUGAGCUGUUUCUCAAUUUAGUGAUGGAGUAUGUUCCAGAAAGUAUGUUUCGUGUUCUUAAGCAUUACAGUGAUGCAAACCAGAAAAUGCCUCUCAUAUACGUGAAACUCUAUACUUACCAAAUUUUCAGAGGGUUGGCUUACAUGCAUUCUGUUGCUGGUGUCUGCCACAGAGACUUGAAGCCCCAAAAUGUUUUGGUUGAUCCUGCCACUCAUCAGGUCAAGAUUUGUGAUUUUGGAAGUGCCAAAGUACUGGUGAGAGGUGAAGCAAACAUAUCAUACAUCUGUUCUCGAUUUUAUCGGGCCCCUGAACUCAUUUUUGGUGCAACUGAAUACACUACUUCCAUUGAUAUCUGGUCAGCUGGCUGUGUCCUGGCUGAGCUGCUUCUGGGUCAACCUUUGUUUCCUGGUGAAAAUGCUGUUGGUCAGCUUGUGGAAGUCAUUAAGAUACUUGGAACUCCAACACGAGAGGAAAUCCGUUGUAUGAAUCCAAACUACAACGAUUUUAGAUUUCCCCAAAUUAAAGCACACCCUUGGCACAAGGUGUUUCAAAAAAGGAUGCCUCCUGAAGCAAUAGAUCUUACUUCCAGGUUGCUGCAAUACUCUCCAAAUCUUCGUUGCACUGCGCUUGAAGCAUGUGCCCACCCUUUCUUUGAUGAGCUACGGGAACCUAAUGCUCGGUUACCAAAUGGCCGCCCAUUGCUGCCUCUCUUCAACUUUAAACAGGAGUUAUCUGGUGCAUCUCCAGAUCUCAUCAACAAACUGAUACCAGACCACGUGAAAAGACAAAUUGGCCUACAGUUCUUCGCAUCCUAUGAGGGAAUGACGUAAAAUAGAUUAUACCUGCAAGUAAAACGGUAGUUAAUGGGUCGAAGAACUCUUAAAAUGGUUCGAUAACACCUCUAACUGGGAGGAGUUAGCUGAACAAACGGCAUCUGUUUAGCUACGAGGGCAGAACAGAGGGGGGGAGGCAAUCCCACUGCAGGCUGAUCUGGAUUGUGUCUUCCAUCAAUGCUGUUUUUCCCCCUUUUUUCCUACAAAGUUGUCUCCGGGCAGCAGCGUACGUGGAAGAGGGGAGAUCCUUUUUGUGUAUAUGUUUGGUUACCCGCAAGAAAGCGAUGCGUAACAGGCAAAAGAUAUGAUGAGUGUAUGAAUAGAUGUUGUCCUAUACGGGACAAGCCUGAACAAAAAUGGUGGGUUCGAUUUAUUUUCCUAUUUUGUCUUUUGCUUCUCUCUGUUUCUUGUUGUUACAGUUGCCCCUGUGAAAGAAGAUAUGUUAUUUAUGCCAAGUUUUUUCUAUUCCUACUUA